AGACAGUGAAGCAGGUAGCUGAUUAAAGGACUUAAAAACACAAACUGAAAUGCAAAAAGGAACGUUUUUUUUUUUUUUUUUUUAAAGAAUCCGAUUAUACCCGUCCGUAUAAAAUGGAAUAUAUUUUCUGCUAAAACGUCUUAAUUUAUUUUUAGGUAACUAUUUUUUUUCUCGAAUAAAUAUUCUCAAGAUAAGUAGGCUACCAAAGUAUCUUGCAAAGUCAAGAGGAAAACCUUUGAUACUGACAAUUUAACAUCAUGACAAGCUAUAACUUUUUGUUGUGCUUGACGGUUCUUAUUUCUUUGGGACUGUCCGGGAGCGAUGAGCCGGACCUCUUUCAGGUUCCACUGAAUGAGAUGUCCUCGGAUGCUGGAGUCUCUCUCUUUGGUUUGGAGGAUGUGGACUCUCUAGAGUGUUCAGCGUGCGUUUGGAGAGAACAGAGUAAAGUCUUAAGGCUGGAAACAAUCAAAUCACAAAUCCUUAGCAAACUGCGCUUAAAACAAGCGCCCAACAUCAGCAGAGAGGUGGUUAAUCAGCUUCUUCCAAAAGCACCUCCACUGCAGCAGCUUCUGGACCAUCACGACUUCCAGGGGGACGCAUCCUCCCUAGAGGAUUUCAUGGACGCCGAUGAGUAUCACGCCACUACCGAAUCCGUCAUCACCAUGGCCUCAGAGCCUGAACCUCUGGUGCAGGUGGAUGGGAAACCCAGCUGUUGUUUCUUCAAGUUCAGUCCAAAACUGAUGUUUACCAAGGUUCUGAAAGCCCAGCUGUGGGUUUAUCUGCGUCCACUCCAGAAAACGUCCACUGUUUAUCUGCAGAUCCUUCGCCUUAAACCUAUCACUGAGCAGGGAAGCCGACACAUCCGCAUCCGGUCGCUCAAAAUCGAGCUUAGUUCCCAAGCUGGUCAUUGGCAGAGCAUUGAUUUCAAACAUGUGUUGCAGAACUGGUUCAAGCAACCACACACAAAUUGGGGCAUUGAUAUAAAUGCCUAUGACGAGAGUGGCAAUGACCUGGCUGUGACAUCUCUGAGGCCUGGAGAGGAAGGACUGCAGCCAUUCCUGGAGGUCAGGGUUCUUGAAACAACCAAGCGAUCACGGAGAAAUCUGGGUCUUGACUGUGAUGAGCACUCCAUGGAAUCCCGCUGUUGUCGCUACCCGCUCACAGUGGACUUUGAAGCUUUUGGCUGGGACUGGAUCAUUGCACCCAAACGUUACAAGGCAAACUACUGUUCAGGCCAGUGUGAGUACAUGUUCAUGCAGAAGUACCCACAUACUCAUCUGGUUCAGCAUGCCAAUCCUAGAGGCUCGGCAGGGCCAUGCUGCACACCGACGAAGAUGUCACCGAUAAAUAUGUUGUACUUCAAUGAUAAACAGCAGAUAAUCCAUGGCAAAAUCCCAGGAAUGGUGGUGGACCGUUGUGGCUGUUCAUAGAAUAAUAUGUUUUGGUUGAGCUAAGGGAAAUUGAUGGAGGGAGGGUAUUAGGGAUGAAUCUAGCACCUACAAGUCUCUGCAAUUACCUUUUAUUGUCCUCACACUCCUUGGAAAUAGUAUUUCAUAAUGUACAGAGAACAAAAAGACAUUUGUAUCCUUCUUAACUCUAGUACAGCACUCUUAGAUCCAGGAUCCUAAUUUCUCACUUUAUUAUUUGAAUCUGAAUUUUAGUUCUACCACAAUUGUGUGUGUGUGUUGUGUGUGUGUGUGUGUGUGUGUA